UUUGAAUCGUCAAAUAAUCAAUUCUAGUUUUCUAGAUACAAAUUUGAUAAUAAUAUAUUAAAAAAAACCCCGUCAAAGCAUUAGAAAGAAAAAAAAGAAUCUGAAAAAGUCCGACAGCAAAAAAUCACGUUCAGAAACCUUUAAAAAAGAAGGAAAAAAAGAGAGGAAAACUCCACCCUCCUUCCUUCCUUCCUCCUAUGGUCAGAGCAAGUAAGCUUUGAACAUUUCAGAUUUCCCUCUCACGAAAACCACCUGCAUAAAUACCUCACCUCCAAAGCAACCAAUCCAAAAUCCAAAUCCAAAAACAAGCAAAACUACAAACAAAAACAAAACCCAUUUCUCCCCCUUUCAGCCAUGGCUGCUGAAGGAAGAAGAAUCAGCCUCCUCUGUUUUUUCACCACCCUCCUCUGUUUUUCCCUCCAAACAUCCGAAGCUAAAGUCCGGCACUACAAGUGGGAAGUGAAGUACGAGUUCAAGUCCCCCGAUUGCUACCGAAAGCUCGUCAUCACCAUCAACGGCGGCACACCGGGACCCACCAUCAUCGCCCAGCAGAACGACACCGUCGUCGUCGACGUCAAGAACAGCUUGGGCACAGAGAAUCUUGCCAUCCACUGGCACGGAAUCCGGCAGAUUGGUUCGCCGUGGGCCGACGGGACCGAAGGCGUCACGCAAUGUCCCGUUCUUCCCGGUGACACUUUCAGAUACAAGUUCGUCGUUGACAGGCCUGGAACGUACCUGUACCACGCGCAUUACGGGAUGCAGAGGGAGUCGGGUCUGUACGGGUCGAUUCGGGUUUCGGUUCCAACCGGCGAGUCCGAGCCGUUUGCGUACGACUACGACCGAAGCAUCAUUUUGAACGAUUGGUACCAUAAGACGCCUUACGAGCAAGCUGCAGGGUUGUCUGCGAAGCCAUUCGUCUGGGUCGGAGAGCCUCAGUCACUAUUGAUCCACGGGAAAGGAAGGUUCAACUGCUCGACACCAGGACUAGGACUAGAACCCGCCACCUGCAACAACACAAACCCAGAAUGCUCCCCGUACACCAUGACCGUCGUCCCGGGAAAGACCUACCGGCUCCGAAUCGGCAGCCUGACCGCCUUAUCGGCGCUCAGCUUCCAGAUCGACGGCCACAACAUGACCGUCGUCGAGGCCGACGGCCACUACGUCGACCCAUUCGUCGUCCAAACCCUCUACAUCUACUCAGGGGAGACAUACUCUGUUCUGAUCCGAACCGACCAGAACCCGACCCGAAAUUACUGGAUCGCGACGAACGUCGUCGGCAGGAACCGCACCACUCCGCCGGGAAUUGGGGUUCUAAAUUACUACCCGAACCACCCGAAACGAUCUCCGCCCCCAAUUAACCUACCGAUCGCCCCGAUUUGGGACGAUCGGAGGCCUAGGGUGGAACAGAGCCGGGCGAUUCGGGCCCGACCCGGACACGUACACGACCCGCCCCGGAGUUCGGAUCGGGUAAUUGUGAUGCUGAACACCCAGAACGAAGUCGACGGGUUCCGCCGCUGGUCGGUGAACAACGUCUCCUUCAAUCUGCCCCACACGCCGUACUUAAUCGGGCUGAAGCACAAUUUGCUGCACACUUUCAGCCAGAUCCCGCCGCCGGAAGACUACGACCGGGCGAGAUUCGACGUUACGAGCCGGGCCAGGAAUUCGAACCCGAACGCGACGGUCGGCGACGGGGUCUACCGGCUGAAAUUCGGGUCGACGGUGGAUCUGAUCUUGCAGAACGGGAACACGAUGGUGCCGAACAACAGCGAGACACACCCGUGGCAUCUCCACGGGCACGAUUUCUGGGUUUUGGGUUAUGGGGAAGGGGAAUUCGACCCGAAGGAGGAUCCGAAGGGUUACAAUUUGGUGGAUCCGAUUAUGAAGAACACGGUGCCGGUUCAUCCGUACGGGUGGACGGCGCUGAGGUUCAAGGCGGACAAUCCUGGGGUUUGGAUGUUUCAUUGCCACAUCGAGUCCCAUUUCUAUAUGGGGAUGGGAGUGGUUUUCGAGGAAGGGAUUGAGAUGGUCGGGGAUUUGCCGGCGGCGAUCGGCGGGUGUGGAGAAACUAAAGGCCUCAAGCUCCAUGGGAAGCCAUAGGCUAAAUUUAUUUAUUUUUAAUCUGUUAUAGAUUCUUUGUUUUCAGUUUCUGAUUUGUUCGUUGUACGACGUAAAUAUUGAUGUUUGCGUUCUUAGUUCUCACUCUGGAUUAUAACUUAUCAGACCACCAUGGUGGGAAAAAAAUCAAAAAAUGAAAAGGGAUAGAUUACAAUAAUACAACUUAUCAGACCACCGAUGGUUACUGACCUAUCAGUAAAUACACGGGAACCGUAGAUCUGGGGAUGGAGCAAUCGGGUGGUUGGCUGGACACGGAGGUGGGGAGGGACAUUUUUGUCCGUUUUUGUAUUUUUAAUUUGGGUUAAUAUUUUCGUAUGGCAUGAAUUUUGACCAAAAUAAACAUCCUGGCCAAUCUUUUCUAUCUAUAACAUCCUGACCCGAACUAUACACCAAAAUAAACAAUUUAGCCAGAU